CCAGAACCCUCGAGAAGCCACCCCCUUCUCUCUCCGCCUCCAGAACCCUCGAGAAGCGUGUGGGCGAUGGCGCAGGAGAAGGAGGCGCUGUUCCUGCUGACGUUCGCGGACGGGACGGAGGGCGCCGCCGACGCCCGGGACGCGGCGGCCGUGCUGCGCGGGUACGCCGUCCCGGCCCCCGCCAUCCGCUCCGGGCGCGUCUUCGACAUGGUCGUCGAGUACGUCGAGAAGCACAGGGCCCACCGCAGCGGCGAAGCCGUGGAUCGCGACAUCGACGACUGGGACCGCCGCUUCAUCGCCCGGGCAGCAGGCGACACCGACGCACUCCACGACCUCUUCCUGGCGGCGGACGAGCUGUUGGAGUACGAGCUGAUGGACCUGUGUGCCCAGACGACGGCGGACAUGAUCAGGGGCGGCACCGUGGAGGAGAUCAAGGCCCUGCUCGGCAUCCUGGGGAUCACGCCGGAGCAGGACCGCCUGGCGCAGGAAGACCACGACCGCCUCCUCCGCAUCGUCCGCUAGCUCAGCUCCACCAACCUGUCCUAUCAGUAGUUUCCUGCGGUCUAUUAAUCCUCGUUCGUCGUCAGUACAGGUUCUCACUCACUCGAUCGUUUGAGAGACGAUCUUCUAGUUGCUAGCUUGGCAUAGACUUCUUGGUUGUUUCGAGUACGCAGAUUGUCCAGAGGGUGAGAUUAUGCUGUAGAAUUUGGGUUACAUGCAUGCUGUGACACAUACAGGUCCAGGAGCCAAGCCGGCCACAAACCUGAACCCACUUGCUGCACCAGUGUAGAAUUUUGGGUUGACAUGGGUUGUUCACUCAGUAGCAUGAAAACAGAAAU